UUUUUGGUGUUUUAGUAGUGUUGGCAACUUGAAACUAAAACCUCAAAAACGUGCUCCGAGCCGAUGGCGUAUAUUUUCAUUGAAACGCUGCACCGGAAGUACUCUCUCUUGACCUAUCCGGGACUUUCCGUUGUUUCGUGUUCCCUUCUCCUAACCAAACAAGCUCCUUCAAAGUAUUCUCAUCGGGUGGGGUUGUGUAACACCCUUUUCGACUGUUCUUAAAGAUGCGAAAAAAUACUACUGACCGAAGGCAAACGCAAUCAAGAACAUCAAGCUAAAGCAUAGAGACGUGGGAGAUCAGGAGUGGAAAUCCAGGCCACGUCGAGCAACUGAAAAACAAAAGAAAAUGACGUGUCCCGCAGACUUCACUAUUAAAGAACUUCACCCUCAGAAGCACGAUCCCCUACAUGUUAAACAGGAAGAGUCAGAGAUGCCUUACAUCAAACAAGAGACGGAGCCAGAGACCCUCGGCAUUAAAGAAGAAAAACAGGAAGAUCAAAUCCCCAACUGUCCAAUGACUGUCAGUGUGAAGAGUGAAGAAGAUGAAGGUCUAAGCGAAGAGAGCGGAGCAGAGGAACCUUGGAGCGUCAGCUCACUUCAACACCCGACAACAAAAAGAGAGGGACGAUCGCAACCUGACGACGUCACAGUGGAAGAUCUUCACCCAGGGAAGCACGAUCCCUCCAACGUUAAACAGGAGUUGGACAUGCAGUAUAUCAAACUGGAGGUAGAGCCGACGGCCCCCAGCAUUAAAGAAGAACAGGAAAAUGAAAUCCCCAAGGUUCAAAUGACUAUCUGUGUAAAGAGCAAAGAAGAUGAAGGUCCCAGCAAAGAGAGCAGAGCACAACUAGCAAGCAGUAACUUGUUUCAACAAAUGACAACCAAAGGUGAGGGACGAUCGCAACCGGAUGAACUCUUGGCACCAAUGUUGGACAGCGACGACCUAACAUCACACUCUUCUGACUUUAACACCGAUGAGGAUGAUGUUGACUUUGAGCAAAAUGCUUCGAAAUCCUUAAACAAGUCAUCACUGAAAAGAAACGCAAAGGAAUGCGCGGGUGGGAAACCUUUUUACUGCUCACAUUGUGAUAAAACAUUCACUACCAAGAAAUAUUUAAUCAUACACACGCAUACACACACUGGGGGAAAGUCUUUUCUCUGCACAUUUUGUGGUAAAAGAUUCACCCAUAAGGGAAAUUUAAAUACACACAUAAGAAGACACACUGGAGAGAAGCCUUUCGUCUGCUCUCUUUGCAAUAAAAGAUUUAGUGCGAAGGAAGACCUAACAGCACACACGCGUACACACACUGGAGAGAAGCCUUUUGUCUGCACAUUUUGUGGUAAAAGUUUCACCCAGAAGAGAUAUUUAAAGAUACACACAAGAACACACACCGGAGACAAGCCUUUUGUCUGCUCUGUUUGCGGUAAAAGAUUUUGUACGAAGCCUGAUUUGACAAGACACAGAAGGAUACACACUGGAGAGAAACCUUUCGUCUGCUCUCUUUGUGAUAAAACAUUUUGUACGAAUCAUGAGUUAACAAGACACACGAGGAAACACACUGGAGAAAAGCCUUUUGUCUGCUCUCUUUGCGAUAAAAGGUUUUUUACGAAGCAAGUGAUGACAAGACACGCGCAGACACACAAGGCAAAAGGAACACCCGUGAGUAAGAAUUAAAUGAUUACGUAAGAACACACAUCAAGCAGAAACCUUUCACUUUCACCGUGUGUUGUAAAUACAUUGUCUUAAAGGGAGCCACAGACAACUUGUAGUUCUUAAAAGACGAAUGUUAGUAUGAGUUUUGAUAAUUUGAUGUUCAAACCCCUCAAUGUUUUCGUUUUUAUAAAAUUUGAAAAAUUUGUUUUUGUAGGUCGCCAUUGUUAUUGACGAUGCAAUGCAUUGACGGAGCAAUGCACUAAAGAUGUCGGCAUCCCGAUAGAUCGGGUCCGAUCACGUCAUUUUUAAAGUAUCGGAAUCGGCAAAAAAAUAUCGGACAUGCCUUUUUUUAAUGUAUAUAUUAGGGCUGUCAAAAUUAUCGCGUUAACGGGUGUUAAUUUUUAAAAUUAAUCACGUUAAAAUUAGGGCUGUCAAAAUUAUCGCGUUAACGCGUGGUAAUUAUUUUUUUUAAUUAAUCAUGUUAAAAUAUUUAACGCAAUUAACGCACAUGUCCUGCUCAGACAGUAUUCUGCCUUUUGGUAAGUUUUACAGCAGGCUUUUUGUGCUGUCUAACAGUGAACUCUUGUGGUCGCUUUGCGACAUGGUUUAUUUUUUUUCUUGCCAGUUCAAUAUGGCUGCACGAUGUCUCGGGCUGACGCCUACGUUGUAAUGUUGUGCUUAUAUGAUCCUUGGACAAGAUUUGUCCGUAAGUAUGGUUGUUGUAAAGAAUUUACAUAUUUGGUUAGUAAGCGAAAUCUUCUAUUUUUUGUAUGAGAUGCUUUUUGUUUAUGUUUAGUGAACCUGUAUAGCGUGCUAAGCUAACAUUGUUGCUAAUGCAAUGCUUGUGUACUUUUUGUUGUUGUAGUUUUACGACGGUCUAAAGAGGACAAUGGUUUGAGGCUAUUUUAUUAAUAAAUCAGAUCAAAAAGGGAGAAGUCUGAUUAUUAAGGCGUCGUUCACUAGCUGUCUAGCUUUGGAAAAAGUAGACGCUUCGGAGUGAGGACAGCAUAGACAGAUUUAAAUGACAGUAGAGUGAAAUGCCCACUACAGUCCUUAUGUACCGUAUGUUGAAUGUACAGUGCCAAAAAGUGUAUCAAAUACUUGUUCUCUCCACUGUAUAUAUCCAUCUUGUAUUAUCUUUCCAUUCCAACAAUUUAUUUUACAGAAUAUAUAUAUAUAACUUACAGAAAAAUAUGGCAUAUUUUAUAGAUGGUUUAAAUUGCGAUUAAUUGCGAUUAAUUACGAUUAAUUAAUUUUUAAGCUGUAAUUAACUCGAUUAAAAAUUUUAAUCGUUUGACAGCCCUUGUUAAAAUAUUUGACGCAAUUAACGCAUGCAAUGAAUGACCCGCUGGCAUAUUGCCUCAAACAUUACAAUGAGGCCAUUUAUGGACAUUAAGAGUGAAGAGAAUGCCACCGGCCGCUUGGGGGCAGCGCCGUUCCAUACUCAUGUUAUGUCUUCUAAACGUGGGAGAAUUAGUAGUUUAUGCUGUAUUCACAAUGCAAUGCAAAUUGCUAUUUGUGCUCCACACAUAUUUCGGUAAGUUUUCUUUCUUUUAGUGGCAAUUAUGUGUCUCUUGUUUUAUUUUGGGUAAGAUAUGUACAGAUACAGUGGGGAGAACAAGUAUUUGAUACACUGCCAAUGGGUGUAUCAAAUACUUGUUCUCCCCACUGUAUAUGUUAUACAGUAAAGGCGAGUGGACACAGGCGUUCUUUGGACCGCGCUGUUUAUUGGCAUAAGCUUGUCCUUCACAACAAACAUAAGUAUCGUUUAGUGAAAGCACAACAAAAAUAAUAUUCCUAUCUCUCAAAAAAAAAAAAAAAAAUUCUCAAAAAGAAAA